UUCAUUUGUUUUGCUAAAGAAAAUCGCGUCUAUUGAUAGAUUUGACAAUUUUGAAUUAAUUUUUUAUAACGACGAGCUUUAAAGCGAAUAAUUUGUUUAUAAAUUUCUGUCUCUGUUAUUAAACUUCAAAAUGUUAAAAUAUGAUUAUGGGAAACGCAUCAAAACGAUGGUGAAUCGGGAAAUUGCAUUGGAACAACGAGAAGUUGCUAUAAGCAAAUUGAGCCAUAAAUAUCACGAAAAACUGGUGGACUUGGAAGAACGGUUUCGGCAGCAAAAUACACGAUUUCAAAAAAUAAAUAAAAAAAUAGAAAUGGAAAAUAAAAAAUAUGAUGAAAUGAAGAAAACGAUUGACAUUUGGAAAAAUCGCAUAUCGGAAAUACAAAACGAAGCUCAACGCUGCGUUGCAGAAGCAGUCCAUAAACGCCAACAGUUAAUUAACCAAUUGGACGAAAUACACACAUUAAAAUUGGCGACGAAUACGUACAUUAAUUUGAACGCACUUCCCGAACGCAUACAAGGGGUUUUUGUAUAUGAGACAGAAGUUGGUAAUAGUUGGCACCCUUUCUGCUUUGAACCUUUAAGCCACACGCCGGAAGAAGUGCAACAGAUUAUUUGGGGCAAUUCUGAAAACGCUAUGGUCUAUAGUGAAGCAUGGGAGCGUCUGGUAUUCCGUUCAGUACGCGAAAUGCUGCAGCAAUUAACUAAGGGCAGUUAAUACCUUUUGCAUAGCAACUUUUAUUGUAUAUGAUGUUUAUAACAUAAGAUAAUAUUAAGUUAUGCAUAUAUAUUAUACAAAUAUUUUAUUAUUAAGUAGUUUAAUAAAUUAAACACAAAUUAUGAA